UUUCAUAGAUAAAUAAAUGACUCGUUUCUAUCUUGUAAACAAGGCUUCUGCAAGGCUAUUCACAGUCCAGCAUUUUUACUUGGCGUGUAUGUAAUCCUCCAAGACGAUUCUUAAGUCAGUGCGUUGGUUUAACACACAUGGCAACAGCUGUCGGUAAAMAUGCUCUUACGCCCCCGUACACACCUCUAGCAUGAUCAGCCUUCAUUCGAGAAGCUCCAAGGAUAAGCCAAGGACACGUACCCCAGAUUGAAUGCUUGUGAUAUAAAAGAAACCUAAGUAAUGCUUGGURCUAAAGAAUCAAGAAUGCUACUCUUAGUGUUUUGGAGCUUGCUUCUCUUCAUAGACGUAGAUGUCUCGGCUCGUGGCUCUUCAACAUGCAAGGUCAAAGCGGUUUUUAAGCCGCGAGGUUACUCUAAAUCCCUCCAGGAUACUGGAAUGAAAYCUCAUUAUCURAACUGUAGYGUUGAACRAGGCAAAAUAGCCUCCAAAAUCCUAUGGAAGGUGCAGAAUCAAGUCUUGAAGCAAGCAUUAGGACCAACCAAAUGGUUGGGGCUAACGUUGGACAAGACGAAUGUGAGACGUGUGGGAGACUUAAGCUGUGAAGUGAUCGUAGGAAACGAAAAUCAAUCUUGUGGGUUCGCGCAGGAAGCCCCUCCUCGCAUCACGUCCAGAAAACAUGAAUAUGAAGCAUACGUGGGAACACCUSUAGUCAUACCAUGYCGUGCCACAGGUAGACCACAACCUGAAAUUACCUGGAUAAAAACAACCGUAUCAYUUACCACACAAGACAUGCCGCCGUCAAUCAAACAACUCAGAUCACGUGAUGGCCUCGCUUUGGUGUUCAAGAAAAUAUCCAUGAUGCAUCGCGGUAUUUACAAGUGUCACGCAGUCAAUAGAUUGGGCAAUGAUACGCAUUUUGUCAUAGUUACUCCUCUAUACUACUCGAUUCCUCGUCCUCCUCGUGUAGUUCCACUGCAUCACGUGGUCACUGUUUCAAAAGGUUCCACUGCUGUGUUGGUUUGUUCAGCUAAGUACACACCUCGGCGUUUCACGGCUCUGUUCUGGGACCACCGUGGCACAAGGGUAACCAACACUGCCAGGCAUCACAUCAAAUCACGGUACUCAGAAAGGAUUGUUAAAAUGAAGUACAAGGACGAGAGAGUGGAUAUGUCACUGAGUAUUGGUCACGUGGGGUUUAAAGAUGUUGGGAUGUACACUUGUGGCGUGGUUACAGUUGUAGGACGGCAUGAAGAUCACUUUGCUAAAGRUAGCGUUGCCUAUAAGGGUGGAAGAAGUGAAUGCCGACUUCUAGAUCACUUCCUUCACGACAGGAAAGCCUUGAGUCAACAAUAUUAA